GAGUCGAACAACUCAGUUACUCACUCGGCUACCUUUAGACAACACAUGAUUGCGAUAUUUAAUUUUGUUUGCAUUGCACGGCACUUGUGGGAGGAAUCUCUUCGGAAUAUUGGCAAAAGAUGAAGUUUUAUUAUCGGAAGUGAAACAAACAAAACCAUAAAUGGGUUUCUAUAGUUUUCUUUGGAAGUGUAUUGUGUUGUUGUGGUGUGCUGUUCAAAAGUUACCUCCGAAACCAGUUCAACAAUUCACACCUGAAAUAAAAAAUUCAACUCAGUCGCUACACUUGAAGAGUGUUCAUCGAUAUAUGAAUGUAUCGGUUGAUCCAUGUGAGAAUUUCUAUGAUUUUGCUUGUGGAAAGUGGAAAACAUAUUAUCCAGCAAAUCAAACUGUAAAACACACCACACGUCUUUUCGAUGAACUUAACAAAGAUUUCGAUAGAAAACUUACGGAGAUUCUCAAAAAGCAAGAUGUGACAGACAACGACUCGGAACGCAAAGUUAAAACAUUUUAUUUCUCAUGUUUGAAUCCAGAAGGUGGAACGAAAUUUUAUAUCAAGGAAAAAUUUAAACAAAUUGCAAGUGAAUUUGAUCUAUAUCCCUCGGUGCAAAUUUUUCAAGGCCAUAGAAGGGAGCAAGCAUUUGAUUGGUUGGAGACGGUUGCCCAAAUUUCCCACAAAUAUGGCCUCAAUAUUAUUUUUGGCUAUUCUAUCAAACCCGAUGCCAAAGAUAACACCGCACACAAUUUAAUUUUAGGUAGUCCACAUUUCGCACCACACUAUCAACGUCUGAGGCAUGAAUACGAAACCAUUCUUGGCUAUCUAAACCUUAAUGCAGCGACAGCUAAUGUCAUUGCCUGGGAACUUGUUGAUUUUGAGUCGGCGUUGCUGCAAGCCAAUCGCUAUGGCACCAAAAGUCCACUUAACGACUCGAUCGACAGCAUUCACAAGGAAUAUUUCCCCCACGUGGAUAUAAAAAAGUUCUUAAAUAUUUCACUUGGCUAUGUGCCAGUGGGAGUUGUGUGGCUUGAGAAUCCAGGAUAUUUGGAAAAUCUUAUUAAAACUUUGAAAUGGACACCCAAAAAGUUGCUGAUCAAUUAUAUCGUUACAAAAUUACUUCAUCACUUCUGGACUGAUUUGCCGCUCCAAUUCUUUGAGCAAAUGGAUGUGUGUCUUAAGAUAACUAAAGAAAAAUUCCCACACAUUUUAAGUCAAAUGUUUUUCAAGUCCAACAAAGCCCUAAACGAAAGAAUUUAUGCCAUUGAAACAUUGUGGUCGCAGAUAACAUCAACUUUGCGCACGAUAUUUGAUUCCAAAAGACCACUUUGGUUUGACAAAUUCACCCGGCAAAUGGCUAGAGAAAAGCUGAACUCUAUGACCCUGCAUGUGGCAACAUAUCAAGAUUACGAUUUUGACCAAGAAUAUCGUUGGUUGUGGUUUACCCCAAACGAUUACAUCGAGAACUUAAGAAGUCUCAGUGGUUUUGAAGCUUUCACGAGGCGUCAUUCGCUAUACCAAAAGCCUCAACAUGAACACAUUUCAUUGGAUCUAAAGACACCGGUUUAUGUAAUAUCUUCCAAUUCAAUUGUCGUACCAGUUUCGAUUCUCAAUUCCAAUUUCCUGUGGUCAACUUCCAAUCUAAAUUUAAUGAACGUGGCCCAUUUGGGAUUUUGUUUAGCUCACGAAAUAAUGCAUGCCUUUAGUGGUGCGGGUCGGAACUACAAUCCGUUGGGUAAUUUUUACAAGUACUGGAAUAAACAUGCUGAACAUGAAUACACCAAGCUAGAGGCUUGUUUUGCCGAUCAGUAUGGAAAUCUCACAGAGAAUGCAAAAUAUCUGCCCAAGCUACACAGACAAGUUCACAAACAGGACGAGAACAUGGCAGACAAUGCGGGCAUUGUGCUGGCCUAUGAGACUUUCAAACAAUCCCACAAAUAUGAAUUGGACACCACCUUAACUUAUACUUAUGAUCAAUUAUUUUUCAUCACCUAUGCCCAAUUGUGGUGCUCCGAUACUUGGCGAAAGGAAACGAUGCAAAACUUUCUGCCUAUGGGGCGUCAUGCUCACAAUGAAUUGCGUGUCUUAGUGCCGCUGAAAAAUUUUGAUCAAUUUUCCAGCACAUUUAAAUGUCCCAAAGGUAGCCCUAUGAACCCUAAUCAUAAGUGUAAGUUUUUUCAUUGAGAUCUCCUUUAAAUAAAAUAACUCGUUUUAAUGUAUUAUA